CUGAGCAAACAUGUGAGAUAGCCAGUUGGAAAGCACUACCAUCUGAAGAAUUCCAAGGGUAAUGAAACACUAUAGCGCUCACAGAUAGUGGCAUAUUUACAGAACUGCAAGAAGCAAGACAGAGCUCUAGCAAGCUGCAAGCCUCUACCCAGCAUCCAUCUGAAAUCUCAGGAAAAGGUGAGGAGAGUAUUUGUCAUUCCUGAGGUGAAGCAGAAUCAGCAGCGGACAGAACAGAGGACUAGGAAAGAAAGGGGAAGAGGAAGAAGAAGCAGCCAUGAUGGGCACACCUCUCCGGAGGAAAGCCCCGGCAUAUGAGAUGGCUGAAGCCGAACUUCAUAAGGAAAGGCUACAAGCCCUGGCGGAAAAACGAAAAAGACAAGCUGAAAUAGAAGAUAAAAGGCGACAGUUGGAUGAACUUGUUCUACAGCUUCAACAUUUCAAGUCUAAAGCCAUGAGGGAGAGAUGGCUUCUACAGGGGACAGCAGGGCUACAAGAGGCAGAUGACAGCUGCAGGAAACAAGUGGAAGAAGACGAACUUCAUGUCAAAAAACUAGAAGAUUUAAUUCACAGAUUGGAGUCAGAAAUCUGUCUUUUGGAGAACGAAGAGUCACAGAUUUCAGCUAAAGAGCAGGUUCUCAGAGAGAAACUGAGGGAAACUGAGAGAUCUAUUGAAGAUUUGCAGAAAAGUCUUCAGUGUCAAGACGGAGAUGCAGUGAAUUAUAACUGCUCCCAGAUCCUGGACCUUCCAGAACUGAACUCCCAAAUCUCGGCUUCAGGGGAUAAACAACAACCAAGAAAAGCUGCAUUAUACGCCAUGGAGAUUAAUGUCGAAAAGGAUCGGAAGACCGGCACUACCAAGAUUCUCUCCGCCUCAGCCGUCAGCCCACAGGAAGCCCAUCAGCGAGGCAUCAAGGUCUACGAUGAUGGCCGCAAAGUAAUCUAUGAGGUGCGUUCCGGAGGGUCUGCUACAAUCGAGAAUGGCACGCAUCCCUGGAGCACAAGUGAAGUGGACGAAUUGAUGCAGCAAGUAGGCCAGCCUCACCAACGAAGCGAUGUUGCACGGGUAACCGUCACGCCAGCCGAGUUGCAGUCAUCAGAAACACCAUUGAGUACCAAAGAGGCCAAGCAAGAUGAGCAACAAAUCUCUAGCAAUACCCAGGAAAGCUACGAGGAUGAGGUGAAUGAGACUCCACAGGCCUCAGCGGACAAACCAGUGACCAUGAUCUUUAUGGGCUACCACAGCAUAGAAGAUGAGGAGGAAACCAAGAAGCUGCUUGGCUUUGAUGGUACAAUCAAGGCCGAGAUCGUCCUUAUUGAUGAAGACGAUGAGAAAUCUCUUCGUGAGAAGACCGUCACUGACAUCUCCAAUAUUGAUGGCAAUGCUGCAGACCUCGUGUCAGGCCGGCCUCUUUCUGAUACCAGUGAACUGUCUUCAGAGGGCAAAGAUGAAACUUCAACCAAGGAACUGCCACCUACAGGUAGUGAGAAGGCUCGUUCAGUACUGCUGACUGCAGAGAAUGGACUGUAUCCGACAACAACUUCACGAUUUAAAGAUGUUCUGAGGUCCCCUGUACUCCCAGAGGAUGACAGUGAGCUGAAAAGAGAAAGAAACCUGAAGACUGUAAGCUUUUUCGAUUCUGUUAGUGUGAAAUCUGGGGAGAGCGGAAUGGAGCUCGACACGCAGGCUGAAAUCCAGCAAAGCUACAUGAACAGUGGCCCAAACAAAGUGAGACACAAGGGGGAUGGACUGGACACUGAUGUUGCCCAGGAAAUCCUCUAUCUAGAUCAGGUGCUUGAGGCAAACUGUUGCGAACCUGGAGCUGACAUAAAUUCAAAUGGGACAUGUUCCUCUGAGUUUCAGGCAAUCAAAGUUGAUGGAACCGGAUCAUCUGUUCAUACUUGUGACACAUCCCCAUUAUACAAUCAUGAAGUUAUUUUAGAAGGGAAAAAACAGGCCACUUUUGUUGACAAUGAAAACAACAAACACAAUGGUCAUGCAGCAAUGAUGGAAAACUGUACGAGGUCACCUGAGUCACCCAGGACGGCAAUCAAAAAAGAGGCACGUUUCGAACUCCGACCAUUUCAUGAAGAAAAGAAACCAUCAAAACUAUUUGACACUCCAACAGAGAAAGAAGUUCGGGUGAAGAAGGUCAGACCCUCAGAGGAAAUUGCAGAGCUAGAGAAGGAAAGGUUGGAACUUAUCCGGGGCCAGGCAGUAAAGAAAAAUCCCGGAAUCGCUGCAAAAUGGUGGAACCCACCUCAGGAAAAGACACUGGAGGAGGAGCUAGAGCCAGAGCAACUGGAGUCGCUUCGAAAGUAUGAGGAGAGAAAGCAGAGGAGACCAGAAACCAAUCGCAUUGUGCAAACGGCUCCCAAACAAACAACCACUUUUAUACAACCUGAAAUAGGAAAUAAGGAGGAUGUUGUCACGGAAGAGAUUGACUUUUCUGCAGCACGCAAACAAUUUUUGCAGAUGGAACAUGUCAGGCAGCCUGUGACCUCCAAGAGAAAUGUAGCACCUCAGCUUUACUCUGCCAAACCUUUCUUUAAGACUCCUGAGGUUACUCAUGUGGAGAGGCUGUGCAGGUCUGUCAGUCAAGAGGGAAUCCCAUCAUAUAAUGAAAGUCUUGUCACUACAGGGAAAGCAGAAAAGAUUUACUGCUGCUCUGGAGAAUCCCACAUGCCAUCCGAGAAAAAAUUAACCACCAAUGAAUUGCAUGAAGAUGAUUUCACUUGUGCCCAUGCAGUAAUGACUAUUGUGAAGGACGAGGACUCUGAUCUGUGUCAGCGCUCUUUGAACAGCUCCUACCAUAUGGAGGAAAUUGAUUCUGGGUUAGAUGACUUGUCCCUAAGAUCUCAGGACACCACUGUACUGGAGACGCUGUCUAAUGACUUCAGCAUGGACAACAUAAGUGAUAGCGGUGCGUCAAAUGAGACAAUGAGUGCCUAUUUGGAAAACUCUCUUGGGGACUACUCUUUUCCCUCAACUCCAGUGGUUAACAUUCCGAUCAAUGGGAAGCAUGACAGUAGAAUCAAAUCUCCAGGUGAGCUGAGUGGGUCUUAUCAGGAAGAUGCUUUGACAGAGGAAGAGCUAGAAUACCAUGCUGGGAUCCUCGUCCAGAAUGCUAUCCAGCAAGCCAUCGCCAAGCAGAAUGACAAGUGGGAGCCACUUCAAUCCACACAACAGUCGUCUCCCAUCCCAGGGAAAGUGGAAAAUGUCCCAUUUCAACCCCAGCAACUAGAGGAGAAAUCUGCUGUCACACCACCCAAAGUCUCCUCCAUAAAGGAGGAAACCAUUACUCCUGAAAUUACCAUAGUUCAAGCCACUCCAGUUAUCCCGGUGAACACGUACAAGUCUCCCAGUCCAUCUCCGCCACAGAGCGAGCAACCUGAAUUCAGCUAUUUCAGUAAAUACUCUGAGGCAGCGGAGCUCAGGAGCACCGCAACUGUUACACGCACUCAGGAAGUGGAAGUGACCUCGGGACCAUUUAGGCUGCGCUCCCGCAAAAAAGGAACCCUAUCUAUGAUUGAAGAGGAGAUUCGGGCGGCCCAGGAACGUGAGGAAGAAUUAAAAAGACAGCGGCAGGUGCAAGCCUUUCACCCACCCUGCUCACAGAAACAGAAGAACGGCAACCAGCCAAGCAAGCUCGUCCUUACUGGAAAGACAGCCCCAGGUAAAAUCGAGAAGAUACGUGCAGUGCCUCCAGCAUCACCAUGCUCAUCAGAUGGAGCACUGCCUUCACCAUUGUCUGAUCUGGGCAGUGAUGAUUCUGGUGGACAGAGACCCAAGAAUUUCAUGCAGACCCUAAUGGAGGACUAUGAGACGCACAAAGUGAAACGCAGAGAGAAAACUGAAGACAGCAGUUACAUCCGAACAGUUACAUCUGAGGUCUUGGAGGCCACGCGUGUUACUCGCAGAAAAAGUAACAUGGCUCUCCGAUGGGAAGCUGGCAUCUAUACCAACCAGGAAGAAGUUGAAGGGGAGGAAGAGUAAACUAAACUUUACUUUCCUGCUGAUGAAACCAGAGGGGAAAUGUGAAACAGGAUUAACAGAAGUAUUAAUUGGGAAUUUAACACCCAACAGCAAUUCACACAGCUCUGAAGCUUUGCUUAACCAAGAUUGUUCAUUUUGGGAGAUCAUGUUGGGACAUAUUUUCUUUUGAGGGCCCUAAGCAAAGACAUUGUUGACCAAAGAUACUGUAAUGCAUCACGUGUCUACUAUCCAAAUAUUUCUUUUUGACAUUGAAUUUGAAUUGACAUGUAAGAUAAGUUAUUCAAUUUGGAGGUCAUUGUGCAUUUAGGAGUCAGGUUCACAGACCUGAAAAUAUGUUAUUGUGUGGCUAUGGAUAAAAAAUGGGAAAUAGUUUAGUCACCUUUACAACCAGGAAUACAAUGUGAUUUUAUCUGAUUUCAAGCUAGAUCUCAGGACAUUUACAUGAAAUUAUUCAUAUUUCAACUCUAAGUGGAGAUUGGUGCCAUUAAUCUGAAGUCAGAAGUCGCCUAGUCAGAUAAUAGUGUUGUCCAUAAACCUUUUAGAGGAAAGCUGAACUAUGCCUGAAGCCUAUUUAAGGAAGUCGUGUCACUGCGCCGCCAUGUUUGCAACGCCUAUAGGGUUUGCUAAAGUGAGCAACCACAUUAAUAGCAAUAGCAGUGACGCAUCUUGUUAAUACUAAAUAUCUUUGCCUAUGAUGAUGAGAUGGUUAGUUACAGAUAUAUUUUCAUACUCGAAUUGGGCUCUGUGUUAUUCGUGUUAGUGAAGUCAUUUCCAGAAACCAUUAUAAAUUGAUACCUUUAAACUGGUACCUUCUGGCGCAGUUUUCAUUUGUGCAGUGGGGUUAGGGUAUUAGGGUGGUUUCUGAAUAUGCCUUCCAUAAUAAACUUUGCAUGAAUCUUAACAUUUCAUAAUUUGGAAAAAAAGCCCCCAUUUAUAUGAACACAAUAAAGUAGGGCACAAACAUAUAACUUUGAAAGUGUACGUUUUUUGGUAAAGAUUGUGUGACGUUUGUAAGAGCAGAUAUCAGUACUAAAAUAAAUCGAACCAGGACAGCAUUGUGGACCAGAAUGGUAUUGUUGUUUAGGGUUGUCCUGUUUGGCUGAAAGUAUAGCAUCCUAUGCAGUGUUGAACAUUUGAAUGACAUUUAAUGAUUGGUAAAUAAUUUGGAGAUUGUUUUAGUUUUACAGGAUGACUUAUUUUGUGUGUGUAUAAUGUACUUGUGCUUGAAUUUGAUAAUAAAGCCACAGUCAUGGGGCAUGAGAGAAAACACGAAUAUGAAAAAGAAAAUGAAAAAAUGAACAGUCAAUAAGUAUUUCACCUUAAUUUAUAAAGAUAAGAACAUUAGCAUUUCCUUAACUAUUACAAGCAGGACUGUAUAGCUGUUUUUACUUUUCUUACAUUCACUUCAUUUAUAUGGACACACACAUCUUUGACAAGUGGGAGGAGUGUAGUAUUAUUAUUAUGAUUUUGGUUUUGAUUUGUUCCUUCUUUGUCCUUAUUUGUUUUUGUGUGUCACAAAAGAAUAUGCUCAGUAGAAUAUGCAUCUAUAGAGGACGCUCACUUUAGAGAUGGUCAUGUCAAAAUAACAAUCACGAAGGAGAGAUAUUUCAACAAUAUGACUUCUGUUUUUGACUUUUGCCCUCAGCGUGAUGCAUUUACAUUUAGUACCACAACACAAUCCCUAGAGCAUCUUUUGACAAAUGUGGCUUUGUUUUUUGUACCGUACACAUAUAAUAUAUACAUUAUGUAUAUCACACUAAAGUAUUUACUGGACUGCUCUAUUUUUGGCAUAUAUGUUAAGUAUUUGUAGUCUUUGGGUUAGAGUGCAUAUAAUAGUGCUUAACUCUCUCGAAAUUAUUCUUGAUUGCAGGCAAAAAGACUAGAAACUAUAAAAGUUGCAUUAUUCUAACACGUGGGUGACAUGUAAAGUUACACCUACAGAAUUAAUAUUUCUUUAUUUAAUAGGUCUGUGAAUGCUGACUUUCUGAGGUGUUUGUUUAUUUUCAUGCGUGAGAGGAUAUUGGAUUUAUAUCUGGAUAUUUUGAUAUAAGACUGUAGUUAGUGAGCAAAUAAUUUGAAUUUUAUAAGGGGGAAAUAUUUUUAUUUGAGCGGUGUUCCUAUACAUGGAAAAUAGUUAUGGAAAACGACAGACGUUUAGUAAUAUUACUGCACAUCUAUCCAUAUUUUAUUUACAGUAUUGUGUGCAUUUGAGAGCCAAGUAUCCCAUACUAUAUGCAUUUUAGAUAUAUUAGUGAAGAAUACAUUUGGUUUGAUGGGCUGCAGGGAAUGUUACAAGCACAGAGUAUUUAAAAUAGUGACCACGAUGUUGACAGGUUUUGCAUUGUGAACACUGCAGCAUUCACUUUAAAUGCAUAGUCAGCGUUAGUUUUCAGGAAUAUGCUGUGCUUUUGUACUAUAAUGUCUAAAAGUUAGAAUUUUUACAUCAUAAAGUUAAAUUAUUAAACGCAAGACAGCGUUCACAUCUGUAAAACAACAGGAAAAUCUCUUUCAGUAUUUUGAAUACUAGAGGAAAGAAGCAUUAGACAUGGGUACAUGUUGCAGUUGUUAUGUGUGAAAACAUGAUGGCAUCUUUAUGGACAUUUAGGAACAGCAGAUUUAGCAAUAAACCUAGAUUUAAAUGCUUUGAAUAGUGUUGACUAUUAGCAGUCAAGCUUUUGUCUGGUCCAUGACCCGUGUGCAUGCAGCUGAUAAAACUGUGGAUCUGCUGCAAUAGGUCUGACAUUGUGAUGGAAGACAGUUUAAAAUACUUUUAUUGAAAUUAUAAAAGUACAGCUUAAACAUGGUCUAUUAUACCAAAAAAUAUCUGCUUUUGUUCUGCUUUUGUUUUUAUUUCUUUAAUUGUUUUAAAAGCAGUCAUGUUUAAUGGGUUUGGAUCUAUUGAUUGAUAAUCAUACUUUCAAAUGCGCCUCUGUUGUCAUGGUAACCACUUACUGUACAUUAAUUUUCUGCUUAUACUGUUUUAUAGUUCUUGUAAGUCUUGCAAUUACACACAUAUAUGAUUAUUUUCUCAUUAAAAGAAUAUUUAAAACCUG